GGCAGCGAAGCGAGCCGGAAGGAAAAGGGAGGGUCGCUGUGGUGGACACGCGGGGGACGGAAUAGCCACGUCACUUGGGGCAGCACGGUACUGAGACUCCAUGGUCGGAUGUCUGGGUUCUCCAAAAGAACCAGCCCACUGCAAGCCGCCUGAGAGUUUCCCCUCCGUCCUAUAACCUAAGCGUGCUAAGCAAGGCGCGGACUACAUAUCCCAACAUGCACCGCACACGAUUCUUGGGUUCGCACGAUUAGAUAACCAUUACUCUACGUGCCUUCAGCGACUGUCCAGAGGGCCGGGAUCGAGAACUACAACUUCCAACUUGCAAAAUAACUGCGGCGGCGCUACUUAAAAAGCGUCAGAGAGGAGGUGCGUGGCCACGCCCCUCCUCCAGUUCCGCUCCCUUGGACGGACGGCGAGGCGGGGGGCGGAGCCUUAGGCCUGAGCCAAGAUGGCGGCUGCGAAACCGACUCUCACGGACUCGCUCUCGUUCUGCCUCGCGCAGCUCACAGCGGCGGCCGGGGAGGGUCUAGGUGGGGGAAAGGACACAGCUACCAACGAGACACCCUUGGGCCGUGCGCUCUUAGCCCUCCGCACACGCCACGUCAAGGCAGCAGGGGGAAUCGAGCGCUUCCGGGCGCGCGGCGGGCUCCGCCCCCUUCUCGCGCUGCUGCGGCGAGCGGCGGCAGCGGGUCCCGCCCCGUCCCAGGCUGGCUCAGGCUCCGCCCCCUCGUCGGUCGAGUCAGCGAUUUAUGAUGGCCCCGCCCCCUCGUCGGGCCCUGCCCCCUCCUCUGCGUCGUCGUCGUCGCCCUCGCCGCCAGCGCGCCUGCGCAAGACCCUGGACUUGGCACUCAGCAUCCUAGCCAACUGCUGUACGGAAGGGGCGUGCCGGGCUGAAGUGCGCAGGCUCGGAGGCAUUCUCUCUUUGGUGACUAUUCUUCAGUGCGUGAAGACAGACAGCAUCCAGAACAGAACAGCCCGUGCUCUGGGGAAUUUAGCCAUGGAACCUGAGAGCUGUGGGGACAUCCAUUCUGCUGGUGCUGUUCCCUUGCUGGUUGAGAGCCUGACAGCCUGCCAGGACUCCCAGUGCCUGCAGAGUGUGGUGCGUGCCCUCCGCAACCUGGCCGACUCACCCCAGCACCGCCUGGCCCUGGCACAGCAGGGAGCAGUACGCCCUCUGGCUGAGCUUCUGGCCGCUGCCCCAGACCCUGCACUGACCUUGGCCCUAGUCCGUGCCCUCUUAGAGCUGAGUCGAGGCUGCUCCCGGGCCUGUGCUGAGCAGCUAAGUCUGGGUGGAGGAUUAGGCCCACUGGUCAGUUUGGCCUCCCACCCCAAAAAGGCAGUACGGGAGGCAACUAUCUUGAUCCUUGCCAACCUGUGUGCCCAGGGCCUUGUACGGCCUGCAUUGGGCAAUGCUGGUGGUGUGGAAGUACUACUGGGUGAACUCCGGCGGCGCAGGGGACCUAAUGGGGCUGGCCCAGCCUCUCAGCAGCCCCUGGUACGAGCCGUGUGCCUGCUGUGCCGGGAGGCCAUCAACCGGGCCCGGCUGCGGGAUGCUGGUGGUUUGGAGCUAUUGAUGGGCCUGCUACGGGACCCUCGUGCCAGUGCCUGGCACCUUCGUGUCGUGGCUGCCCUUGUGGGCUUCCUGUAUGACACUGGAGCCCUGGGCCGGCUACAGGCUCUGGGACUUGUACCUCUCUUGGCUGGGCAGCUGUGUGGUGAUGCUGGUGAUGAGGAAGAAGAGGGAAGAGAAGCUGCUUCCUGGGACUUUCCUGAGGAGCGGACCCCUGAGCGGGCAGAAGCUGGAAGCUUCCGAAGCCUAAGGUCAUGGCUGAUCUCUGAAGGCUACGCCGCAGGCCCGGGAGACAUCUCUCCUGACUGGUCCCCUGAGCGAUGUCCCCCACCUCCACCGCCACCGGAGCCAGCUGAGCCAACCAGCCCCACCCUGGGCCCAACUUCACUGCGGACGCCUCGCACACUGCGCACACCUGGCCGCAGCCCUGCCACCACCUCUGAGGAGCCUUGGGGCCGUGAGGGGCCAGCGCUGCUGCUGCUGUCGCGCUUCUCCCAGGCUCCCGACCCAAGUGGGGCAUUGGUGACCAGCCCAGCCCUAUGUGGCCUGCUGGCCUAUGUGACGGGCUCACCGGGUCCACCAAGCCCACGUGCACUGCGCAUCCUGGCACGCCUUACCUGCAACCCUGCCUGUCUCGAGGCCUUUGUGCGCAGCUAUGGUGCUGCACUGCUGCGUGCCUGGCUUGUGUUAGGUGUUGCCCCGGAAGAUUGGCCCACGCUGCGUGCCCGCCCAGUUCGACGCCAGCACCGGGAGCUGGGUGAGAUGCUGCUGCAGAACCUGACUGUGCAGGCUGAAUCACCCUUUGGAGUGGGCGCCCUCACUCAUCUGCUGCUCUCUGGAAGCCCUGAGGACCGCGUGGCCUGUGCACUGACCCUGCCCUUCAUCUGUCGGAAGCCCUCUCUGUGGCGCCGGCUACUUCUGGACCAGGGUGGCCUCCGGCUCCUCCUCUCAGCACUAACUCGGCCAGCUCCACAUCCACUCUUCCUCUUCUUUGCUGCGGACUCCCUUUCCUGCCUCCAAGGCCUGGUGUCUCCCACUGUGAGCCCAGCCCUCCCACCUACAAUCCCUUUGGAUCUAGAUGCCCCCUCCCCUUGCCUUUAUGAACGUCUGCUGGGCCCAGCCCCCAUCCCAGCCCCUGACCUGCAUUUCCUACUGGACUCAGGCCUACGGCUCCCUGCCCAGCGAGCUGCCUCAGCUACUGCCUCCCCUUUCUUCCGGGCCCUGCUAGCUGGCAGCUUUGCCGAAGCCCAGAUGGACCUGGUGCCACUUCGAGGCCUGUCACCCAGUGCAGCCUGGCCUAUCCUGCAUCACUUGCAUGGCUGCCGGGGCUGUGGCGCUGCACUGGGGCCUGUUCCCCCACCAGGCCAGCCCCUGCUGGGCUCAGAGGCUGAGGAGGCACUGGAGGCUGCUGGCCGUUUUUUGCUCCCUGGGCUGGAGGAGGAGCUGGAAGAGGCUGUGAGCCACAUCCACCUGGGACCCCAUGGUGGCCCAGAGUCAGUGGGUGAAGUAUUCCGCCUGGGCCGGCCCCGACUGGUUGCGCAUUGUGCCCGCUGGGCUCUGGGGCCAGGGCAGUGCCCUCGGAAACGGGCCUUGGCCUUAGUGGGGCUUGUGGAGGCAGCAGGUGAGGAGACAGGGCCCCUGACUGAGGCUUUACUGGCUGUGGUAAUGGGGGUUGAAUUCGGGGGCAAGGGUUCCAGCUUAGACUGUUGAUGUCCCCUGGGAGGGGAUCCAAGGAUGAGUUGGCUAUGAAGGAGGACUCCCUCAGAGCAGCAUAAGAGGAAGCUGAGCAGAAGUCACCAUUGAGGACCGAUGAGAGAAUGGAACUGUACCCCAGGAUGAUGGUCUGAAGACGCCAGGGUCCGAGUGUGGGACCCACAGAUGAAGAACAGCCCAGGGCUCCAGGCACCUGGCCUGGGCCAGCCUUCCAGAGUUGAGAUUAAAAACUUUGGAAUUGGA